AAGUAGUCGACCUGUCGCUGAGCCUGACACCGCUCAUAGCAGAGAGUGAGGAGGUUGUAGGUGGUCCCAUCUCCCUCCAGUCACACAUCGACACCUCAUCGGGAGUCACACAAUGUUACCGGCUGAACUGACCAUUUUGCUGCUGAUCCUGGGUUCUCUGGUUGCAGCCUCCAUCACUGGUGAUCCGUGUGUGAAUCACACCAUCCUGGAUCAGCCCUGGAGGAGCUCGAAUUGCUCUGAAACUCGGUGCAGUGGUCAGUGGAUGGAUGAUGGAGACCUUACGGAAGGAUGGUACAGAUUUAGCAGUCAUGGCAAUGUGAAGAUCCCCGAGACUACGGUUCCAUUCUUUCACUGCUCUGCAUGGAGUCCAGGCUGGUUAAAAGGUUCCCAUCCCGAUGUGGGAGAUGGCGAAGUGACCCGCACUAUCUGUUUCAACUGGGUUAAAGACAACCCGCAGAGAAAGACUUGCACCAAGCAAAUGGACAUCAGGAUCAAAAAUUGCACAGCUUACUUUGUGUACGAGUUGAAGCCGACACCUGGUUUAUACAGUGUGUAUUGUACAGUUACAGGUUCCGCACUGGGUGAUCCGUGUGUAAACUACAGCAUCUUGGAUCAGUCCUGGAGGAGAAUGAAUUCUCCCAGCACGAGUGGAGAAUGUAUGUCCGACAAAAGUCUUGAGCAAGGAUGGUACAGAUUCAGCAGUUCUGGCAGAUGGAAACUCCCCGAGACAGCAGUUCCACAAGGUUGUUGCUGCAGGAAGAGACAAGGCUGGUUGGAAGGUUCCCAUCCCGCUGUGGCAGAGGGGGAGGUGAUGAGAAGGGUUUGCUUCACCGAGAAUGGAAACACAAAUCCUGAAUCUGUUGUGAGUGGACAGGGCACGAGUCAAAACAGCAAUGCUUGUCUGGACAUUAAGAUCAAAAAUUGCAUUGGCUACUUUGUGUAUCUGCUGAAGCCAACACCUAGUAAUCACACGGUGUACUGCACAGUUUCCACACUCGGUGAUCCGUGUGUAAACCACACUAUCCUGGAUCAGCCCUGGAGGAGCACGGAUUGUUCAUCGGAAGAAUGCAGUAAAUACAUGAAUGAUGAAACCCGGACAGAAGGAUGGUACCGAUUCAAGAGUUCUGGGGGCUGGAGGAUUCCUGAGACUGCUGUUCCAACAUACAAGUGCUCCGGGACAAGUCCAGGCUGGUUAAACGGUCACCAUCCCAGCGUGGGAGAGGGGGAGGUCAACAGGACUGUCUGCUUCAGCUGGAAGGAAAACAACUGCGAGACAAAUCGGACAAUCAAGAUCAAAAACUGUGGUGCUUUCUUUGUCUACUGGCUGAAGCCGACACUCUGCUGUGACAAGGUUUAUUGUACAGAUCCAGCAUCUGUACCAACUCUGCAACCCGUGGGGACAACUUCUGAGCCAGGCAAUGAUUCGUACACGAUCACGGACCCAGUGACAUGCCCAGAUCCAGCAUCUGUAUCAACUCCACAAGCAGAAAGGACAACACCUGAGCCAAGUGAUGAUUUGUCCAUGAUAACGUAUCCAGAUACAAGCUCAGAUGCAGCAUCAGAGCCACCUCUGCAACCUGAGGGGACAACUCCUGAUACAAGCGAGGAUUUGUCCACGAUCACAGACCCAGGCACAAGCUCAGAUGCAACAUCUAUAACAACUCCACAAACUGAGGGGAAAACUCCUGAGCAAGGCGAUGAUUUGUCCACGAUCACGGACCAAGAUCCGAAUGCAGAUCCAUCAUCUGUACCAACUCCACAUCCCGAGGGGACAACACCUGAGCCAAGCGAUGAUUUGUCCAAUAUCACAGACCAAGUUACAAGUUCAGAUUCAGCAUCUGUACCAACUUUGCAACCCAAGGGGACCACUCCCAAGCCAAGUGAUGAUUUGUCCACAAUCAAUGACCCAGAAACAAGUUCAGAUCCAACAUCUGUACCAACUCUACAAACCAAAGGGACAAGUCCUGAGCCAAGUGAUGAUUUGUCCACAAUCACUGACCAGGAUACAAACUCAGAUCCAACAUCCGAACCAACUCCACAAACUGAGGGGACAACUCCUGAGCUAAGCGAUGAUUUGUCCACGACCAAGGACCCAGAUACAAGCUCAGAUCCCCAGAUAUCCACAAGUGAAGAAGCUGGAAAAUCAUCAGCUGGAGGACACAACCAGGAACCAUCGUCUGUCCCAAUGGGAGACACAUCCACAGGUAAAGGACACAGUGUGUCAACAACUACAGGACCCAUCCAAGAAACAUCCUCUUCCCAAGAGGAAGAAACUUGCUCAGUCAAUGAACUCCCAACAAAGGAGGAGUGUGAAAAGAUGAUUAACACGGCCCUAGUGUUAUAUGUUGGACAGAGCAACCUGGAAAACUCCAAGGAGUAUCUCCAUCAGAUACGUGAGAUGCUGAUAGAGCAGACCCCCUGUAAGUACGUCCUGUCCAAGUACAGGAGGUAAACAGAACAGAGAAAGCAGGAAGAUGGAAAAGAGUUGAUACAGAAGAUACUGGAUUAUGGUCAUGAAUGUAUUACUCUAUUCAAUGUAUUGAUGGGGUAGGGAUGGUGGUGGGGAAUCUGGGACAGUCGGGUAAUUUAACUAAAAAAAUGCAUAAUUAUCCGUACAGUCUUUCUUCUGCAUUUCCUACAUCUUAUUGAUAAACAAGUUAUUUUUUUUCCAAUUUCAAAGUAAAUUUUGUUAUUAAACCACAUAUAUGUUACCAUAAACAAUCCUGAGAUUUAUUUUCUUGUAUAUGAAUGCCUGUCUGAGAGUGGUUAUGCCGGAUAACUCGCACAGUCUGUUUAAAAAUCCAAUGGAAGCACAAAGUUUUCUCGAUGAUCUGCCUCCCUUUACGGAGGAUUAAUCAAUGUAUCAUUUGUUUUUUUUCUCUCGUCUCUGAUUGUUUAGUUCCAGGUUUUGUUUUCUCGAUCUGGCAGUGUAGGCUUGUUUUAUAUAGUUAAACGAUAUUAGGCUUUUCUGUUCAUGAUCCUGUAUAUCUUACUCUUAAUACCUUUGGGUAGUUAUUUAGUCAUACGUUUAAUGAUUGUUUUCUUUUUGAAAUGUUAGUAAAGUAUUAUAUUUUAA